GUUGUCCCAAAACCACAUGUGGAGCGUCUUUAUUUAUUUGUUGUGGUGCAGCUGCACGUCGCUGUACAACGUUAGCGAAAUGUUUAGUUAAUAUUGUCACUGUGCAUCUGCAGCAGACCUUAAACCAGACAGAGUCCACGCAUUUCGAACAUCUUUUUCAUUGGAGGCACCAAGAGGAUUCAGUCUUCUACUAUUAGAGUCCACUACUUUAAUCUCUGUCUUUGGCUAAGAUCCUCAAUGACCGGAGUGCGUAAAUCCCAAAAGCGGACUAACUCAGAUGCCACAGCGGAAGCUUUAUCAGCGCAGUCAUGCUACACAGUCCUAGAAACAUCCCCUCCAGACUACGUGGAGAAAAUAUCGCGGUAUCUUGAGUCUUCGGUGGGACAGAGCAGACAUGAUAAAGAAUCUAAUGACCCAGCUGAAGCAGAAAGUGAUUCAGGAGACAGCCUGUUCAUCACCCAGAAACCAGUACCUGAGGCUGUGAGGUCAGGGAGACGGCGUCACUGCAGCCAGAGGUCAGAUCCAUCGUCUACCAGGUAUCUGGAAGAAGGUGAGGAUGACUCUUCAUCAUCCUCUUCCCAUGAAGAAUCCAAAACUGACAAAAGGAGCAGAACGCAGAAAGUCAAGCUGCCAAAGUACAGCUUCCCUUUCCUCACAGACAGGAAGUGGAAGUCCAAGAGCACUCUGCUAUCUGUCCCUCAGAACACAGCCCUUCAUAAUUCUGCGAUGGGAGGCUUCUUUAAAUGUGUCAGAGAGCUGUGGCAGGGCUAUCAGAGAGGAGAGGGAGUGCAGGCGUCUUUACCAACAGUUGACAGGGAUGGGGAGCUCAUAUCUCCAUUGUCAGAAGAAGAAGAAGAAGAAAGGCCAGAAAGUGACGACAUCAAAGUGGUGGAGAGGAAACGGUUUGCUGUACCAUCAAAAUCAAUGCGCUCCCAAACGUGGUACACUCCAGAGAGGAGAGACAGCCAGGUAAAACAACAGAGGACGAGGAGGAGGACAACUGGUAAUGCCGGACAAGAAAUGUCACGAGGAAGACAAAAGAAAACGCAACAUAAAAUACCAGCUAAGGCAGCCACAUCAAAGCCCACAGCACUGCCUUCACAGAGCUCUGCUAAUGGAGAUCCUUCUCAUAAAGUUCUGGCUGAGAGGGAGACAAGUGAUGAACAUGUGACAAAUGACAGAAGCAUCCUGACCCAAACUGAAACGCCAAAGACAAAGAGACGUCUUACCAAACGAAGCAAAAAGAUUCUUUCUCAAGAAAAAGAAAUGGAGGAAGAGCUGCACAAUGAUAGUGAUGCUACAUUUUGUGAGACACUUGAGCUACAGGGAAGUUCAGGAGAGUGCACACUAAAGGACAGAGAAGCAUCCCCAAAUGUAACAAAGCCUCAAGCUGAUGUUUUCCACACAGACGAUCAGUCCCUGACAGGACAGGCAGAGGACGAACCUGAAAGCCAGAGUCUUCUCCAGAGUCUCCCUAACCUUGUAAGUGGCACUAAUAAUGAUAGGAUGCACAACGAAACCAGGGUAAAGAAGAAAACAAAAGGAGGUUGUGAAAGUGUUACAGAAGGAAAGGAUCAGAGUCUGGAAGAGCCAGAGGGUCUGCGUGCUGCAGCAUCUGCGAACGUGGAAAGAGAAGAGACUCCCAGCCUGUCUGAGGACAACCGAGCAGAGCCUCCAGCAUCGCAGCCCGGUCAGGAGCCCGAGCCUAACAAAGAAAAUUGGAUGGAGAACUCAAAUCCUGAUAUCACUCUGAGACAGGAGGAGAGACACAUACCUGAUUUCAAACAAAUAAAAAAGAAGAAGAAGUUGGCAGCAGAUACUGUUGGACAGGAGAAGGAGGAGGAAGGAAACUUGGAGUCUCAUGUGAGACCGGAGAAGGAUCCUCUGUUUUCAGUGACAUGUAAAGAGGUGAAUAGUGGAGGGGAGAAGAAAAAGAAAAGGAGGAACAGAAGUGUUGAGGAUGAUGAGGGUGAGGAACAGUUACAGUCCACGGUCAUUUCAGAACCUCCAAACGAUGAUGCUGAGACACAGAGGAAAAAGAAAAAGAGGAAAAAAGAAAAGGAAAUUGUAAAGAUGGAAGAACAUGAAGAAGAGGAAGCUUCAGAUCUGCCUCUGAUGUCAGAAGGACAGUUUGAGGAAAUGGGUUUAAAUUGUUUGGAAAAUACAGAAGCUGCUGAAGAAACAUUAGAAUCUGGUUAUGAAAAGAAAAGAAAAAAGCACAAAAAGAAGAAACUGUCAGCUUCUCACGAUGAUGCUCAGGUUGGAGCAGAGGAUGAUGUAGAUCUGAUCUUGUCUAAUGAUGGAACCUUGGAAGGACGUACAGGGCUGUCUGUGAAAAAGAAGAAGAAGAAGAAGAAGAACAGGGAAAGCAUCUCUGAAGAGGUGGACAUUUCUUGCUCUCCUGACAAAGACAAAAUGAAUAGUGUAGAUAAUUCCCAGAAAACAGAGGAGGAGCCUGACGACCCACAUGCUGAAGUGUUGACUAAGAAAAAAAAGAAAAAGAGCAAAACAUCCAGCAGAAAUGUCUCAGAGGACACUGUGACACAAAGCGAUGAUUCAGUGUCUGUGCGGAAAAAGGAAAAGAACAGGACCUCUUCCUUCCUCGUUGCUGAUGCAGAGGAAAAAGAUGCUCAAACGCACGAGGAACAAAGUUCUCCUUGUUUAGAAUCUGUAGCUGCUCGUGUCUGGGGCACAGAAAAGCCUGGUGUCAGGGCCGGUGAUCUUCAGACCGAAUCAGCAGAGCUCGCUGGACAUUUGGAGGCAUGUGAUGAUGGGGUCAGGAAAGAGAAAAGGAAGAGAAAGAUGUCGGUCGUGCAGGAGAGCGUGGAGAAAGAUCAUGAGUGGGAUUUUGAAACAUGUCAGGGGGCUUUGUCUGAAACGGCCGACACAGGGGUAAAGAGAAAAAAGAAACAUAAGAGGAAUGAAAGUGAGUCUGUGAUGCCCACAGAACGAUUAGAAAGUGCAGAUGAUGCGGGAGGUUCUCAAACUGAUGAGGCUGUGGUGGUAAAAAAGAAGAAGAAAAAACGUAAAGGCAAGUCAUGCCACGUGACACCAGAGAGUCCACCAGCUGCCACUGAUGGUGUUGAACAGUUGGCCUUUCCUUUGGUUGCAGAGGAAAUACCUCAUGAUAGUGAUACAUCUGACAAAGCAACCAAGGAAACGUUGAACAUGGCGGCCCACUCCUCACCACCUUCAGACACACCUGGAAAGUCAGUAUUAAAUAACCAGAGAGACGGGAAGAGAAAGGAAAAAAUAAAAUCCACUGCUAAUGUCUUGCAUAAGAGGAAACUGUUGACCGAAUUUGCUGAAACAGAAACUUAUAAAACCAAGAAGGAGAAAAGAAAUCAGCCAACAACUCCCAGCAGCACUGUGUUCUCAGAGACGUCUCCGUCCCAGUUUAAAACGUCUUUCUCGGACAGUAUAGUGAAAAACAAGCACAAAAUGGCCAAGAGGAGACUUCAUAAUCCAAGUGAGGACUUCCUCAUAGAUGAUGUCUGAACUCGCUGUUGAAAGUUUGACCAGUAGGGAAAUUAUCAACACAGACGCAGACUAACUCCUGAAAAUAACUGAGGCAGCUACAACCAACAUGAAGCCGCUGACUUUUUUUAAACCAACAGUGUUAAAGUUACAAGUGAGAAUGUGACUGUUGUGAAGUUUUCACAAGUAUUUUUUUUUUAUGUAGUUUGUUUUGUAUCAAAGCAUUUUUACUAACAUGGCUCUCAACCUUUUUGGAGUUGAGAAGAGCUCUGGAGAAAUAACAACAUGCUGUAACCAACCAGAAUGACUGCUUUGCCUUUUUUUUCUCCUCAAAAUAAAAGCUUAAUGGGUAAAACUGUG